AUAAAGUGCCGUGCGGUUCACGGCCUGUGACGUCGGAGCCGACCCAGCAUGGACUCCGGACCAGAGGAAUUGAUGCCCCGGCUCUUACCGGUGGGGGACUGUGAUCUCCCCGAUGAUUUUGACCCGUCAGUUCCUCCUCGGACUCCACAAGAGUACCUGCGGAGGGUCCAGUAAGUGUCCAUGGGUGCAUGUGGCUGUGGGAGUCCCCACAAUGGACACAGUGUUACAUUAAACAGGGAAACAUGGGGGUAGGUAGACUGUGUGGUAGGUGUCCCCUGCUGGGGUGCAAUGGCAAGCCUGGCACAUUAAACUCUCUAUAUAAAGUCCACUUCCACAGCUGGCAUGCUAACUAAAGGUUAAUUAUCACCCCUAUGGUGGUGUAUGUGCAAGUGGCAGGCAGAAAGCCAGGUGUACUGUGUCCCAGAGUAUUGGGAUAUAACAUUAAUUCUACACCAGUGACUGCCUGUAACAUCAGAAAAACAAACAUACUCUUUGGAGAUCAUGUUAGAAAAUGUCAUUACCUUGCAUGGUUUGUAUCAGAGGAUCUGGAGAGGAGGGGAAUUUCUGAAACUGCACUCACCAAUAAGAAAAUAACAUGCACUAAGUUUAGGCUAGAAGAUCACCAUUUUAUUUCUUAAUAAAUAAAUUUAACAAAGAUUGGGGGGGAGGGAAAUAAAAUCAAUCUAAUAGUUUAUUUGUGGGGGUUUUUUUUUUUUAAAACCUACUUAGAAGGGCUGUAGCCCUGUUUUUAUUCCACAUGUGCCACCAAUUGUCCCUCUUGACUAGUGUCUCUGACUGCCUCUCUGCUGUUUCUAACUGGAUGGCUGCCCACUUCCUUAAACUAAAUUUGACCAAAACUGAAAUUCUGGUCUUUCCUCCCUAAAGUGUUGUUACUCCUGUGUCUGUCUCCCUCCAAGUCAAUGAUGCUACCAUCAGCUUCACCACGCAGGCUCGCUGCCAAGGUGUUCUCUUUGACUCUGACCUCUCCUUUAAGCCUCAUGUUCAAUCUAUCGCCAAAUCCUGUCAUUUCCAUCUAAAAAAACAUUGCGCGCAUCCACCCCUACUUAACGCCAGAUGCGACUAAGGUGUUGGCCCAUUCCACUGUCCUUUCUCACCUUGACUACUGUAAUCCGCUUCUCAGUGGCCUUACGUGCUCCCAACUAGCGCCGUUACAGUCCAUAAUGAAUGCUGCGUCGAGGCUAAUCUUCCUUGUCUGCCGCACCUCCCAUCCCUCACCCUUCUGUCAAUCCCUACAUUGGCUUCCUAUAAAAUAUAGAGCUCAAUUUAAAAUUCUGGUUCAAAUUCUUGCUUUCAAAUCUCUACAUAAUGCUGCUCCCACUUAUCUAUCCUCCCUUAUACACAAGUAUGUCCCGUCUAGGCCCUUACGAUCUGCUGAAGACUUACGUCUAUCUUCUGUACUCCCACCUCUGAUGCUCGCCUUCAAGAUUUCUCGAGGGCUGCACCGUUCCUGUGGAACUCGCUUCCCUCCUCCGUUAGAUGCUCACCCAGUCUCCACUCCUUCAAAAAAUCGUUAAAAUCCCACUUCUUCAUAAAAGCGUAUCAAUUAAACUAAUAGCUCCUGACUGAUUCCUCUUCUGCAACUGUCAUUAGUCUAAUACUAUCCUUAACUUUUUGUGUCAUUUUACCCCACUCCCUCUAGCAUGUAAGCUCAUUGAGCAGGGCCCUCAACCCCUCUGUUCCUGUGUGUCUGGUUACAACUACAUGUCUGUUCGUCCACCCAUUGUAAAGCGCUGCGGAAUUUGACGGCGCUCUAUAAAUAUUAUAAUACUAUAAUAUAAGAAAUACACUACAAAUAAAUGGUUGAGUGCCAGCAUCAAUACAUAUUCUUUUUAUAAAUCUAACAAAACAUCAUGGAAGGUGUUCUACAACAUCUGGUCACCCCUGAAGUAUGGAAUACCAGUCUGGCAUAGAACCUCAAGAAUGAUGCUACAGACUUAUAGUGUGGAAUCCUUGGUCCAUACGUGGGUUAGAAACCCCUUCAGUGUUCGUUGGCACUACCUGUUAUGUAGUGGUGUCUCCUAUAACUAAAAAUGAAAUUUGGCCAUUCUCUACCAAUGCCUAACUAAAGGUUGUUCAUUUAGUAAAACAACCUUUAUUUAUAGAACAACUUCAUAAACCAGGCUGGUCUGGCACAAUUGGCAAACUGUACUUUUUCCAAAAUAUCAUGAGGUUUUGUGAACGUGACCAGUGAACUUGCAUACACACAGAUUAUCUAAAGGAAAAAAGAUAAUUUAGUUGGAUCAUUCAUUGAAUGAACGUUCUUAAUGCACCCAUUACUUCAUUAAGGUUUAGACUGCUUGCUUUGACAAAAUGUUAAAUGUCUCUUCAUAUUUUCAGGCUAGAAGCUGCUCGUUGUCCUGAUGUAGUAAUUGCACAAAUUGACCCAAAGAAGCUGAGAAAGAAGCAGACAGUCAGCAUAGCCGUGAGUGACAUUCUAUCUGCUUAUCUCUGUCAUAUUGGAAAAACAUUAAAGUGACCAAACCAAUUCAGAUUCUGCUUUGUAGUGUCUGUUACAAAGCAGAUACUUGUCUGUUAGUCCACCCAUUGUUCAGCGUUACGGAACUUGUUGCCGUCUUAUUAAUAAUAGUGUAAAAUAGCAAUAUUUGCGUAGGAUUAAUUUUUGUUCUGUAUUUCAUUCUUUCAGUCGCUUAAUGUGCAAAUGUCACUUGUUGGGUGUUUGCAUAUUUUGCAAACCCUUUUCCCUUGGGGAGCAUGCGCUCAUUAUGUGGCAUCCUGGGGAAAGAAACUAAAGGAUGUUAAACUUGCUUCCUCAUGGGCAAAGUCAUUUUCUUGUUGGAUCUGUCUUCAGCCCUUGGCAUGAGCCGAAUCACUGAUGCAAUUGCGCAUGCUCACUUGCCACUCUAAGCUUAUCAUUAUUGCCCAGUCUGAAGCUGCCACAUUGAAGCUGGGGACUGGGGUGGAUGAAGAGGAGGAGAUGAGUUUCAUUUGGGUUUAACCCAUUUGUAAUAGGCUUGGCCCCUAAAGUUAAGAUGGUGCCCAGGUUUCCCAGGCACCAUAACAACUUAAUUGGGAUGAACUUGUUAUGAUGCCUGACGGGAUCAUUUAAGGUAACACUCGUGGACUUGGAGUUAUGGUGCUACAGUGGUGAACAGAUACUGUUAAUUAACAUCUUUGAAACCAAUUAAAUACUAUAACUGUUACAACAAAGAAAGUUGGGAGGGAAAAGUGGAUAAAUUGACUUGCUAAGGUGAAAUGAGAACUUCUGAUUUAGCAAUACAUGUGCCAGAGGGACCCAGGUAAAUGUAAAAAACUGUUUGACAUUACAAUUCAUCAAUAAAGACGUGUCCUAUAUGGUGAAAAGUGAUGCUGCUUCGUUUAAAAGCAUCCUUUAUUCCCCCCCCCUCCCCACAAAAAAAAGUUAAGCAUUGCCAUAUUAACUCACAUGUGAUUGUGUACUCUGCAAGAAGUGUCUCUGUUUUGUGUCCGUUUGCCAUUGCUUGUCUGCCUUGAAAUUAAAAUUUUUAACAUUUUCUUAAAUUUGAAAUAAAGCAAUGUUUUAAAGAGGCAGCUGCACUUUUCACUAGAUGGGUCACUUUAUUGGUGAAUUGUAAUAUGAUGUUAGGUUAAACCAUAAUUGAUUACUGGGAGAAAAUGUAUAUCUUUGUAAUUCAAAUAUAUAGCAAGAUUAGAACUGUUGCCGUUAAUGUCAAGCAAUAAGAGCAGAUACUUGAAGCCACUAUUUUAUUUUGGCAUUUCAACUAUUUGACUACUAACAAGAGGACUCCUGGCACCAUAAAAACAUGCAUGUAAUGUGCUCGUGCUUGGCAAGCUCCUUUAUGCAUUUAGAUAACGCAUGGAUCAUUAUGGUCAAUCAUACAUUUGUUUCUUUCUAGAAUAUUAAGAUUUGAACACACUCGAAUACUGUAUGUGCUUGCUAUUAGUGACUUAGGGUAGAUUUAUAAUAUAUUUUCUUUCAGCUAUCUGGGUGCCAGCCAGCUCCGGAAGGUUACUCUCCAAGCCUCAGAUGGCAGCAGCAACAAGUAGCUCAGUUCUCUGCUGUUCGCCAGGUAACCCUUGACGAAAUGAUGUGACUUACAUGGGAUUGUGAACUAUUGCAUUCCUAAAUUUUUCUCAAUGCUAACAGUGAUAUAUAGGUGGCUGUGUGUUAGGUACCCCCAUAUCAUUGGCAGUAACAAGUACAGUAGAUGAUGAAUGGGAGGCCAGGGAUUGGCAGGCAUAGUCCACCCAGUUCUUGUUAUAGCCUCAGAGGACCACCUGAGUUCUUGCAAAGGGAAGAUUUAUAAUUUGUAACAGUGUCAAUUUACACAAUUCCUCUUCUCGCACUUAUUUAAUCUAAUCUUCUGAAAAGUGGAUUUUAACUAUGUAGGUUUGGUGUUUAAAAUAAAAAUGUAUAGCCUAUUUUUGCUGUAAUUUCCAGAGUCUCAACAAACACAGAAGUCACUGGAGGUCUCAGCCUCUUGACAGCAAUGUUACUAUGGUGAGUAUAUACCCUUUUAUUCAAUUUCAGUGAUAUGUUGGGCAGAUAUGUUCACAACUGCCUGAUAAAUCUUGAACUAUCUGUGCAUGUGCAACAUCUUUAUCAACCACCCCUUUAUUCUGACUGGUAUCGGAUGUUCACUGACUAUUUUGAAAACCAACUUUUGAGAAAACAAGUGUGUGGCACUCCUUUCAACUUCAUUUAAAGGGUCACUCCAGACUCCUAAACAAAUUUAGCUUGCUGAAAAGAGUGUGUACUUGUUUCAGACACUAACCUCUUUAGGAUUAAACGAAGAAUUCCAAUAUACAUCAUUCAUUCAUAAUUGAGUUCCCAGAAGGCGAAAUAAUUUCAUAAGAAUUAACACUUCAUACUAAUAUACAAUCAUUAUAUUUUUAUUUUAUUCCGAUUCACAGUUCAUUUAGUUCUCUUUUCUGUUCAAGGUAUAUUUUGAUUUAAUAAUUUACAUAUUCAACUGUUGAUCCAUGUAUUCUUCCCCUUACCUUGUCCUUCUAUUCCCUCAUUAAUAUUGUUAUGGAUACAGUUUGUGGGAGUUUAUUAUUUCUACUGACAUUGUUCUAUCCCGGUCAUUAUCGUCUAUUAAAAUCUGAUUUAGAUAUCAAACAUUACUUAGAGGCUAAAACUAUCUAACACUACCCCUCUAUCAGGGUCUGUACAGCUCUUUGCAUUUUGUAUUUACAUUAUCUUAUUCACUGUCCGUAAAGAUCAGGUGUUUAUACUAUAUUCUGUAAUAGUAAUUCAUGGCAGUCCGUGUGUCUGCUCUAUCAACCUAAUUCACACAAUUCUAUAAUAUGCCGACUAAUUGACACUGUGCCCUAAGUUAACUAGGUUAUAGUACUAUAAUAUAUUUUUAUCAAAUUUCUUGAUUGCAUUCUAACUGCAUAUUUACAUACUAUUAUCUUGUCUGCCAAUCGGCUCCGAGCGUCUUAACACGUAUUAUUUAAUAAACACUGUUCAACAGACAGCAAGCUUUCAUCAAGCUCUACAAUUACUGUUGUGAUUUUAAAAUCCAUUAACGCAUCGUUUGCCGAAUAUCCUACAUAAAGUAAUGUUCUUCCCCGCCUCAGUAACUAAUGACGUUAUGUGAUGUUUUCCAUAGCAACUUAAGGGUCCAAUCAGAAACAAGGGAGCGCUAUUUAAACCUAAAAACCCAGGAUAUGGGUUCCCCCUUGAAGAACCUUACUGGUGAAACGCGAGUCGGGGCUCAUACACACAACCUGUCUCUACCACUUGACUUUUGUAUUAGUGGCAUCACGACUGCCUCAUCACGAUACAUUUAUUUUCGUUGAUCUGUAUACUUUAGUGGAGAAGAGCAGGGGACGUGAAGAUUUUUCUUCCCUUUUUUUUUUCUUGCGUAGGAUAGCAGCUACUUAUACGCUAGGGAUUUGAGUGCUCUUAUAGGCACUUAUUCACUAGCACUAAAUGGCAGUUACGGAGAAGUUAGGUGCCCUUGAAGGCACAGAUUCAGAAAGUUUAGUGCCCGUAUAGACAUAGAUUCAAAGAACUAGCAGUUAUUAGGACGCUACUGACUAUAGUUAUUUUCAUAAUCUGUUUAUAUGGCAACCUAAUCAAUUUGCUGCAAUUCCUUUUCCAUAUAGAUAUCUAUAUCUAUCAUUUUUUUUAACUUUACCCAUUUACUGCUUCUUUGUUGCAUUUUCGUUGUAUAUAGCUUUUCUGUUAUCUCACUUGGAUAAUUAUCUCACUUGGAAGUUUCUUCUAUAUAUUAUUGAGCUAAAUACAUGAUAUUUGGCAGCUGUACCCAUCUCUGCUACAGUGUUACUUUGUUCCAAUACUUCCUAUUUCGGGAAGUGAAUACAUUGUUAUUGUAAAGUACCCACUAUAUAUAACGUUACAAGCAGUGUUUGUUUGACAUCAGUAUCUCUGUAUUUUACUCACAGUGGUCUUUGCUUGACUAUUUUUAUCACUGUGAUUAGUCUAUUCUAUACAGAAUUACUUUGAGCAAACUGUUCACAUUUUCUUUCCUUCCCCUUUUUAAGUUACUUGUAACUUUUACAUUUAAUUCUAUUGGGGUUUUUUUGUUGUUGUGUUUUUGGGUUUUUGGUUUUUUUUUACUUUUGACUUACACCUUUGGACAGUUCACUUCCUCCUUUUUUCUAGUUAGUAUUUCGUGUAAUAGGGUUAUCCCCUUGUGACUGUCCUAGCUCGUCUUCUGACCGCAUCAGCUUCCCACUUGUUUUCUUACUCUCAUUGGGGUGCGCGCACGCGCGCGCACACACACACACACACACACACACACACACACACACACACACACACACACACACACACACACACACACACACACACACACACACACACACACACACACACACACACACACACACACACACACUUUAACUAGCACAUAGUGACACACCAGCCUCCUUACCUUUGAGAGAGCUAAAGUGGAUUCUUUCCAUUGGGUCCAGUGGAGCUGCUGGGAUCCAGUCAUCUUCAUCUUCAUGCACUGGUUUUUUUUUUUUUUUCUCUCAUACCUAUCCAUGUACUCCUACACUGUGGGUGGGGGUUGCAAUAUUGUUGUUCUGGUGGUUUUAUUGUUCCCUCCUCCUACAUCAUGAAUGCACAGUUAAUUUACUUUUUCUUCAGCCAAAUACAGAAGAUGAAGAGAGUUGGAAGAAGUUUUGUCUGGGGGAAAGAUUGUACUGUGACCUGGCGGCAGCCCUGAACAGCGAGAACCAAAACCCAGGAAUUGAUUAUAUAAAGGUAGAAUAUAACGACUCUGAUCUCUGCCAAUUACAUUCAUCCUCCUCCAAAAAUCUAUUGCAAUCAUAUAACCAAAUGUAUCUCUUUAUUCCCAUUACAGGUGGGAUUUCCACCUCUGCUGAGUAUUGUUAGCAGAAUGAGUCAGGUGAGCCUAUGGAGGGAGUGGGGGGGUGUUUGGCUGUGUUGUGUCCCUUAACAAGGCAUCUAAAUAUGGAGUUACCUUCCCCAAAACUCUUGGCCUUAUAUUGCUAAACAGGUUGGACAUAAUGGAUAUUGAUCAUGUGUAAGAAAGGCCUUAUUCGGUGCCAAGUGGAGCCCCCAUUUUUGUCAAACCAAACACUUUAAUCAACGCCAUUAUCUGUAGAAGUUUACGGGCAUCCCAAUAUUUAUUUAUUGCUAGACUGCCCAUUUAAAGACAUCCCCUGUUAUUUUCAAUGUGUUGGAUAAUGUGAUAAAUUAACCUCUUCGUGAUGGACAUGCCUUUCACUAAUGCUGAUCGUGAUAGUAGAUGUAGAGAGUAUGUCCAUCAUCUAAAUCACCAAUUACUGUGAGACAUAGCUAUUGCUGGAUUCACUAGUAAGUAUUCAGUAAUUUUCCCCCACCCUUGGGCAUCUGAUCACUUUGGCUGAUGUAAAAAUGAUCGGGUGCUAUUUUACAUAGAAAGAGAAACUCCUGAUUUGUAGCUGUAGUCUUGGUAAAUACCAGCCCUCUGACACAGGGUAGUUCUGUAAUACUGUUAGACUGCUCCACUCAUCUGAUCACUGUUAAAAGCUAUCACCAUAAGUCGAAUGCUUCUAUCCAUGCAGCAGGGCAUGAGACCGCCUCUACCCAGUGCACAUUGUGAUUAGUUGUUUAGCAUGAAAUUAAUUUUAUUUUCUCUGUUAAUAUUGUGUUAUAUGUUACACUCCGAUAUAUUGUGUGUGUGUGUGUGUGUGUGUGUGUGUAUAUUACAGUGAAAGGAUUUUUUUAUUUUUUUUUCCUACCACAUUUAGUAAUAUUAUUUAUUUUGUUUGUUUUUUAUAUAUUUAAUUAGGCUACUGUUACAAGCGUUCUGGAGUACCUGGUGAACUGGUUUGCAGAGAGAGAUUUUACUCCGGAGCUGGUAUGAACCAUUUGAAAGACUGUAUGUCACAAUACGUACUGUGUUAAUCUUGUGCAUUAUGCAAGCACUGGAGUGUGACAUGUUUUGUUGCCUUAACCGGCCUGUCUUUAAACCAAGCUUGGGAAGUUAACGUGCAGUAAAUUAAAUCCACCUUUUUCAGGGUCGAUGGUUGUAUGCACUGUUAGCUUGUCUGGAGAAACCACUGCUGCCAGAGGCUCAUUCACUAAUUAGGCAGCUGGCAAGAAGAUGUUCACAAGUCCGCGCAGGGGUGGUAAGAAUCUCCUUUUUCUAAUUUCUGACAUCUAUCUCUAAAACAACUACACUAGAACAGUAUUUAUAUGUAUAAGAUUUGCAUUUGUUCAUGGCCUACAUACCCAUUGUUUUUUCUUGUCUGCAAACACUUGUUUAAAAUAAACCUUAAAUCGAUCUGAAAAUUUACUCCUACUCCCCUCCCCCUUUUCUUUCCCCAGGAGCGGAAAGAUGAUGAACGAAUAUCUGCCCUAAAUCUAUUCAUUUGUCUAGUUGGCAGGUAAGGAGUCACUUGCUGUAAAGAGAUCUGUUAAACUUUUUGGUAUAUUGUCUGUUUGUGAUGAGGUCUACAGUUUUAGGGACUUAUUUGGUUAAUACUUUGGAGUGUGAAUUACUUGUCUGGAUUUUAUUUUCCCACAUGUUUCUCUAUUUAUUUCAAAUAUUGGAUGGCAAAUCCAAGGAGUAAUGGUGCUUCAGUAAAUUGCAAAUAUUUAGACUCUUAACCCCUUAAGGACACAUGAUGGAAAUAUUCCGUCACGAUUCCCUUUUAUUUCUGAAGUUGUCCUUAACGGGUUAAAGAUUUGGCCAGUCAGGAGCCUUUCAUUCUAGUCAAAGAAGUCUAACCGUUGCAGUGUUGGGUUAAACCCAGAACAGUCUCUGGCCUACCCAACCUCCAUUGUGCUUAUAGCAUGUAUUCUGGAAUUCGUAGCUAGAUUUUAAUAGAUUUUUGUGGCGGUCUACACAUAGGAGGACCCGAGUGUCCCUGCCAAAGAUCUCCUUUCCCUCCGUGAUUACACCUCUCAUCGCAUAGAACAGUGAUAAUAGCACAGUGUUUAUAUCUUGUAUAGCUGUCUCAUCCAAACACUAGUCGAGACUUGGUGGAGGGUGAAGAUUUGUUUUAUUGGGACAAUGGGGUCACCCUUUUAUACCUGGGGCUUCAACAGGAGGUCCCUGUCCCCAGGAGAAACAAUGAGAUUGCACCAUUCCCAGUGCCUUGGUGUCUGUAAUUAGAUGGAUAAUUUAAUUAGCGACCAGACCACUCAACACCAGCUAACAAAACCCAUAAAAACACAGGGUUCCCGUGUGCACAUCCCAAAACUGGUGUUCCCAGAAGCUCUCUCCUGAGUGAGCUCAAAUUGGAGGUGUAUGAGCAGAGUUUGCUGAAAGUAAAGUGUGUGUUUUUUUUUUUUAUUUUAUUUUUUUUGUGGUUUUUUUUAAUGGGUCGUGGCUGUCCUCCCAUGAGGAAAAGAUACGAUGGGUGAGCUUAUAGAGCUGUAACAUCAUUUAUCAUAAGUACUGUAAUAAGAAAGAUGUGGCUAAAUAUAGCAGUCUCAAACUCCCUAAAGGCUUUGAACAAUGCAUAGUUCAAGGCUUUUAUAUAUUUAAGGUUGUUUUGUAGAUGCAAUAUUUAUCCACCUAUUGAGUGAUGCCUGAGUGUAUUACACUAUCAUGCAUUGUAUUCACGUUUCCGUCGCUGGGUAACAUGCUUUAUAUCCUACACAUUAUUUUAUAUACAGCAACACGCAAGGAAUGAGAACUUUAGAAUGUGGGUGAGGACAGAGGAGGUGGGGUUAAUUUAUACUUUAAUUUAAUCAAAACUAUGCAGAGUUUGCCAGGCAGCUUGUUUAAAAACAGUUUCGAUUACUGCUAGGCAUUGGAUUAAGUCGAAAAGAUAAGUGGACUGAACAUAUAGUAAAUUCUGAAAGCCAUAUUGCUUCUUGAUGCCUUUUUAGGUUUUAGCGAUCAGUAUUGCAUUCAGGUGCUUCAAAUAUACGCUCUGCACUUUGUUCUAUUUUUAGCUUGAAUCUGAUUGGAACAAAACUGGUGUAAUUCCUACUAUAAAAAUGUAUUUCCUUUUUCCUCUUUUCUAUGGUAGAUACUUUGAGCAGCGGGACUUGGCUGAUUGCAGUGAACCUUCUUGAUAAGACAAGAUGCCCCCAUUCUCCUGCACAUUGAAAUCACAGCAAUACGUAAUCCUCCCGUUUUACGGUGCACCAAAUGUCUCAUUUGUGUUUAACAUGUUUUAAUGUUGGGGCAAGAACUGGCCAUUUUAACCCUUUCAUUGUUUACAAAGCUUGCAUUGAACUGAUGGGUUAAAUCACCAACAAUUGCAUGGAAACUCCUUUUUCUUGUCAAUGGCAGCAAAUCAAAAAACGAGCAGUUUCCCAUCUCAAACAUUGAUAUGAGAAAUGCAUCUAAAUUUUAGUUUGUUCUGUUUCUUUUUGUUUUUAAUUUGCACAUCGUUCUCAGAAAGUGGCCGAAGCUGGAGACAAAGUGCCUAAAGGUUUUGGAGGUUGUUUGGGGUUUUUUUUUUGUUUUUGUUUUUUGUUUCCUGUCUCUGUUCCCAUCAUUAUACUUCUGCCAGUGGUAGCUGCAUUGCGUGCUGCCUGGGCGUGUAGGGUGAUGUGGCUUGUAGCAUGGAUAUACUGUGAAACUGCUAAUUUUUAUUGACUGUUUUACUUUACGUCCCUGUCAUUACUUUCCUGUGUUUGUGGAUCUAUGAAUCUGCCUCUGCACACAAACGUUCCUAUACAUUUUUAUGUGGGUUUUCAAAUCCUGUAUUUCAAUAUGUAUAGAUUAUGUGACUUAAUAUGUUACGAAAUAGUCUUCCUUCUCAAAAACAACUUUAUUGUGCUUCCCUUUAAUAUUUUAUUUGUGCUCCUUUCUAUUAUUCUAAAAUACCUGCUCUUGAAGCUAUCUGACCUUGUACUCAACGCAAAGUUUGACUCAAGUGCAGACUCUUCUGAUUGCCUGACGUCCGGUGCUGUCCCUGAUCAGUGGUUUUAAAACCUUUUCUCAAAUCAUUAACAGUCCAGAUUUUAGCAAGUUGGGGGACAUCUGCUCCUCCCUUAAUUCUGAAAUGUUGGUGUAACCAAGAGGCUGACUUUGUUUAGAACCACUGAUCUGCAUUAAGUUAUAAUUGCAAAUGCACAAACACAAAAACCGUAAUUGCAAAGGUGACCACACAGUGACAACAUCUAGUUACUUGCAGACUGGUCUGCAUAUAACAUUCGGAUCUAACCCUAAAGUGAGAAUUGUUGGGUGAAUUUUUAAAUAAUUUAAAGCCAAAAUACACAGUGGGAAAAUCCUAGAACUGAUCUACGCUUCCAGUUUGGCUACUUCAGUCUAAAAAUAUUAAUUCACUUUGAAUUCAUGACAAUUUUUACUUUAGUGAGAACCCUGUGUGUAUGAGCUAGGCAAGGUGUGCUGAUCUUACUUCUCUGAAGUAUUGGAAUUCAUCAAACAAGCGCACACAUUACUAGAGUUUACAUUGCUGCUGACCACGUACAGAAUGAAAGGUGACUUUUAUCAAUUUGUCUAUUUAUUUUACUUUUUUCUUUUAUCCCCAUGCCAUUUUCUGUACAUAAAGGAUUUUUUUUUACAUUAAAAUGUUUGUAUUGAUUUCAAAAUUACUAAUUCUGUGGAAUAAUUGUGUAUUUACUCCUAACGAACAGUGAUGUCACUGUGCACUUCAGUCCCA